AUGUGUACCUUCUUCGAUUGUAAGCUCUAUACUGCUGAUUUCUCUGGCCGUAUUGAAUGGACCUUCUAUGGUAUUUCCCAGAAUACUGUCGCUGCUGCAAGGGCAUUCGAGAUGACCCAUAAUCAGAUCUCGAUCUGGGCUUGUGAGUACAAAGGAGGUUCGCCAUCAACCAGUUAUCGUCUCGGCAUCGCAGAUGGCCUUGUGGCUAUGGCGAACCGAGAGAAAAACAAGGAGCUACAAGCAGCAAAGCGCAAAGAACUGGAGAACUUUGUUGUGAAAAUUGGAGAAGUUGAACAGCCUCGUCAACCUUCGCCAUCUCUCAUGCCUACUCCGUCCACAUCUUCGGCCGACAGACUCUCUCCCUUCUGCCAAGAAGACGAGUCAAUGGAAGAUGUAGAUAACUGCUCUGAUGGUGAAUUUGACAUGAACGAUGGGUUUGAGCUCGAAUUUGGCCUCCAGAUGGACUUUAGUGCCAAAGAUAUUGAAGUCAUUGAUUUAUGUGACGAUGACGAUGAAAUCAUCAACAAACUGACGAAACGAGAUUCAGAGAUUAUUAAUCUCGACGACAUUCCGGAGUUCAAGGAGGAGCCAGAUACAGAGCCAGACCUCAGCGCUGCCCCAGAGGUUCCCGUGAAAUUGGAGAUUGAUGCCCAGUCUAUCAUUGAUGUCUCUCCGUGGGAAUCAAGCAUGCAGCUUGUUCAGUUCCAGCAAACAGCAGAUCAGGUUGCGACUGAUUAUUUGGCCGAGCAAGGUAUCAAGCUAGGCCGUUCUAAGCGCAGGAAACCCGCAGCCAUUCGAGAUGGUGAUGCUUACCGCGAGGGUCAGCGGGAUAGUCUGAAGGUUGAUCGUAAUCAAAAGAUUGGUUGA